AUGAAUAAAAAUUUAAAGGAUCUCACGGAGUUAAUCUCAAACGAUUCUCUGGUCUCAGACUUUGAGCCCAGGGGGAGCCAUGAUGGAAUCUAUGACGUAUCAGAUGACGCUGUGGAGAUCCUGCGAGUACUCACCUACAACGUCAUCAUGCCCGUGCUGUGUGUGAUGGGCAUUUCCGGUAACUGCCUCACCAUUGUUGUCCUCAAGCACCACGGGUUCAAGGACACGACGAACCUUCUCCUGGCCUCGCUCGCUGUGUCCGAUCUUCUCUACUCUCUCCUUGGUGUCGUCUUCUGUGUCGAGCACUUCAUCUACCCGUUCAGCAUCGAUCUGUACAGUAUCAUCUCCAUCUACAUCAGCCUUUAUCUACAGUUAUGGAACAAUGCCUUUCUAUCGACCAGCGUCUAUUGCGUCGUUAUCAUAGCUAUGGAGAGAAUGGUGGCGGUUGUAUUUCCAUUUAAAGCAGCUUUAAUUAUAACUCCGACUAGAAUAACUGUAAGUUUAGUCUUUGUUUUCCUUGUAUGUCCGCCUUUGUACUGUCUUGAAUAUUUAACACACGACUUGUUAAUUCUUCCCGACACAGUGACAAACUACACAUAUUAUAUUCCUGCAUUUAGUCAGUUUUAUUUAGAUAACGAAAAGUUUGUGUACAUGUAUAACAAUGUCUUCUUAAACAUCGUGUUCAUCGGUUUCCCUAUCUUGUUAAUCAUGACCAGCGCCAUCUUGAUUGUGGCUAAGCUGAAGACCUCGAUGAGAAAGGUGGCCGGCAUGUCCUCUGCAGCACACAAGAAGCGAGUCAUGGACGUCCGCGCUAUUAAAAUCACGCUCUCGUUGUGCGUGUGUAUGAUGGUGCUGGUUCUGAUCCCCACCAACGUCACGUCCUGGUACAUUGUGUACACGGACUACCAGCCGUUCUCCAUCUCCAGCCAGAUGGUAUUCACCUUCGUGGCUAGAGUUACUGGCCCUCAGCUUAACGCUUCCAUCAACUUCUUCAUCUACGUCCAGACAAGUUCAAAGUUCGCCAACACAUACAGGAAGAUAUUCUUGACAUGCACCAAGAAAACUAGAGGCUAA